ACAGAGUAUAAGUGAAGUCAUCAUUUCCUGACAGAGAAUCGACGAAAUUAGUAUUAUGGUUCCUUGUUUUCUCAGAAACAUUCGCUAGUAAUGAAGGAAGAGAAUUCUUCAGCGAAAUAAAUCGAACAUUUUGGGGAAAAUGAAGAGAAACAGGUGGUUUCGUGGGCAUUGUCUGAAGUAUUCAUAUCGAAGAACCCUAUACUGCAAUAUGGACUCAACGAAAUUUUUGCAAUAGCGCAAACUGCUAUUUACGUUUACGGCAAGGAAGCUUCGAAGGUCAAAAUUUAACAAAAAUGUUGCAUGUAUUUUAUGUCGACCUGGGGAGUACGUACACUUUUGAAAUGGAGCUGGCAAUGGAAAGUGUUCAAGUGCUGAUGAGUACAGUGGCUGCUGAAACAGGGAUCCCAGAGGAUAAACAAGUCUUGUUAAUAUCUAAUGGUGAAGCAUUGGAUCCCAGAGAAAGAGUCUACAGUUAUAACAGUGCUGGCACUGAUACCAACCCAAUAUUUUUGUUCAGCAAAUCCACCAUUGAGUCCUCUAUUCCACCAUCUCCCAGUCUUACCUUAGGUUCAGGGGAAGCAAAUUUGAAGGAGCAAGUGGAAAAAUCUUUGAAUUUACCACCCGCAUAUGAAACUCUUGUAUCCAGAGCUCAGCUAGCAUCUGAAUUCCAUUCACUUUCCAUACAAAUUGCAGAGAGCUGUCAAAAUCUAGUGUAUGAGCAAAAGCUGCAACGGAAGGGAUGGGCAGCAGUUGUUGCAAAUUUGGAGAGUAUUGCUAGUGAGUUCAAAGCCAGAUCAAGUAGUGUUAAUCAAAUCUACUCAGAGUUUCUGGAUUCAAGGACGAGAUAUAUUGAGUUACUUGACAGGUUCAAAGAGAUCUUGCCUCUACUGGCUAGAAUACCUGUACUUCCAUGCCUCAUUUCAAGGCAGUUUUCCCAAGCUAGACAACAUAAUGUGGUUAGUCUGCUGGACUGGAUAAGUGCACAGGACAACAAGAAUAGUCUUCAGGAUAUGGUCAAACAGUGUAUUGAGGCAGUGGAGCAGUUUGAUGAAUCACAUCUGACUCAAAUUACUACAGAAGUAAAUCAGGUUUUAGAGUCGCUUGAUAAUACAAACAUGAAAGAAAUCAAAGGAUUGGAUGAAAGACUAGCUGGACUUCAACACAUUCUUCAGACUGUGCAAACCUUCCGUCAGUCCCAAGCAGACAUGUCACAGGGUCUGCAACAGAAUUUGACAAGUGUUCAAAAUAUUGGCCGUGACCAGUCAGUUCUUCAUGAUCUAUGUGCCAGUCACCAAAAACAGCUUUUGAUGUUGACAAAGAACCACUCCUAUUUGAGGGAUAUCAGGAAAAAAUGUGCCAAAGCCAAGGAUGAGUUGUCCGCUAAUCUCCACACCAGAUUAAGAUGGAUUAUGUAUGUUGAGAAGAAAAUUUGUGAUUGUGAUGGAACCAUCAUCUUGUACCAUGAAAAUAUAAGAAGAAUAAAGCGAAGAUUGGAGAUUAUUGAACAAGUGAACGAGGCACCACGCAUGUACAUCCUAGCUGUUGCAGAAGUUGUGAGACGAAGGUCAUUUUCUUCACAAUUUCAAAAGUGGGCGAGUAAAUUAUGCAAGAGCUCAUUAGAAGCAAGGACAGAGGAAACAGCGCAGAGAGAGGAAUUUGAGUUGCUCUUUGGCCAGCAUUUUUUACAAAGUUUGUUCAGUGGCUUGUCUGACAGGCCAUCUAGAUUUGCGGAAAAGCCACCCAGACCUUUUGAUGAACAGCUUCCAGUCAUAUCUGAAAAUGACCUACAAGAAUUGAAAGAUCAGAUUCCAGAGCUAGCUUCUUAUCUGGAGUCUAGUUCAGUAAAUGUCAGCAUGGGAGAGGAGGGUGCAAAAAACAGUUUUUUACAGUCAGAAGAACUUGAAAAUGUUAGCAGUGUUGCUCAAUUUCCUGCAGAAUUUGACAGAACUAGUGAUAGUAUUACAGAUAAGAAGGUGACAUCUUCAAUUGUAGACAUGUCUUCUUCUGAAAGCAAAGCUACCCAAAUGAGUGUGGAUGCUUCCUCAGAAAUUCAAUGGACAUGUAGUGGCAAUCAGAACACUCCUGGACAGGAAGGGAGGCAAGGUGCAACAGAAAACUAUUGUACUCAGGAUACUGCAGAGACCACUGAGGAUUUUCAUGAUAGUAACUCUAGUGAGAGGAAGAAAAGUAACAGUGAUACUUCUUCAGAGAAAAGCUCAGCAGCUGAUGAUAGUGACCUAGUUUUUCGUUCAGCACAUGAGGAUUAUGUGACUGUUAUUGAUGCAGAUUUAGAAGUUAAUUUCAAUGAGAAGGAGAUCUCACCUGAUCUACAACCUGUGGGUGAAGUUCAAGAAGACUGCAGCGGGCUGCUUGAGGAAGCUAGUCAAACACCAACUCUGGCUAGUUCUGGAACUCAGAGCACUGAAAGAUCUAUUGAUGUUUCAGCUUUAGAUUCUGGAAGCCAGGAGCUGGAGACAGCUACUCUGUCAAUUCCAAAUGAUGUGGUUCAAAGAUUGCAACAGCUACAAGAUCAGUUAACAUCAACACAAGAAUCUUGGGAGGAGGCUAUUUUGGAAAAAGAGACAUUUAAACAAUUGAACAUGAAGGUCAAGGAUUGUGUGAAGGAUGAGCUCAAUUUUUUGCGUCAGGGUCUGAAUGAUGCCAAAGGACUGUUAAUAGAGUGGCAAUCAAAGAUGAAGGAGGAUGUUUUACUUGCUGUCGGCAAUUUAAAAGAAAAAGGGGAUUUGUGUGGCAAACACAUUCUGCAAAAAACUAAAGAGGAGUUUGAAGUAGAGUUGGUGCAAAUGAAUGCAAAGUUUGAGAAAGAAAAAAAAGAAUUCAUAGAAAUCAAAAUUAGACUUGAGCUUGAAAAAAAAGAAAUUCUAGAUCAACUAACACAACUGCAAGCUGAGAAGGAAAGAAAUGAAUCUCAACAUAAAGAAGAAACUGAAAAGUGGAGUGAAAUUGUGACAGAGUACAAAGCCAAACUGGAAGAACAUGAAGGUGCAGCACAGAAGGUUCAGGAAAACAAGUCACGCUAUGAGGAAGAUCAGCAAAUACGAUUUAAUGCCAUAAUGAUGAAACUGAAGAGGGAGAAAGAACAUGCUGUUUUACAGGCACAAGAAAAAAUUAGAGAGUUGAAACAGUUACUUGAACAACAGGAGAAAGAUAUGAAGUCCUUAGCAAUGGAAAAAGACAGGAUGACAGAAGAGUUUGGACAAGCACGCAGUGCCUUUUGCAAAAGAGAACAGGAGCUUGUGGCAGCUCUUCAAGACAAAGAAUCCAGUAUUCUGAAUUCAGAGAUGCUAAUGAAAAACAAAGAGGCUGAAUUCUUAGAGCAGAUUGAACAGGAGAAAGCAUCAGCACUGGCAUUGCUGCAAGUCGAACGACAAGUUUGGGAAGCAAAUAGAGCACAAGGGUUACCAGGGAAACAUAAAGAAACUGAGUGUGGUACUGAUGCUGUGCUUGAGGAGGAUGAUCAACAGAAGAUGAAAUUCCUGGAAGAGGAAAACAAAAAGCUGGCUGAAACAUUGUCAGAGCAAACUGUGGACAAGUUUGGUCAGCUGAAACAAGUUCUGGAGGCAAAAGAUCAACAGAUUAAACUUCUUCAGCAACAGCUAAAUCAGAUAAAACCACCAGGUGGAGCAAGUGCAGUGUCAUCAAAGAUGGAUAAAAUCUCUCUGAGAGACUUUCAAAGUGGUGAUAUGAUUCUUCUCUUAUUUGAUGAACGAUAUGAGAACUAUGUAGCUUUGAGUACAGGACCAACGUUGUUCUUUUUACACCCAGACUCAAUGGCAGGAUUAGAUCUUGCAACAAGUGGCCCUAAAAAACGACUAUGGAUGCUUGCACAGAUGACUGAUAAAGAAUACUGUCAAGCUAAAAAGCCAAACAACAGGUUUCGAGUUCCUGUAGGAACAAAGUUCUACAGAAUUCAAGCCAAACCUUGUGAAUUGUGAACAUUCAUUAAAAGGAGCAUGCUUGUAAACCUCUACAUUCAGGAGA